CCUGUCACAGCUGCCCACCAGCUGCACUGUGCUCGGCGGCACAAAUAUUUCGUUAGAUUGAGGAAGCUCCGAACAUCCGAUACUAGAGGAGUGCAGUUUCUUCCCCUGGUGAUAGGCAGCAAAUUAAGGAGGAACAUUUCGACAAAAAUUCAGUAAACACGUGUGUUUAAGUGAUCGCAGACACAGUAGCUGGGUCACUACCAGCAACUAGAUAGAACAUGGCGUAUAGAAUUACACUCGCCGCCAUUUUAAUGGUGUUACAAGUUUAUGGCACCAUGGGAGGCAGAGUAUACGGUCUGGGAAAAAAUAGGAUUUUCCCACCUAUAGGACCUGUUAAACCUCCCCACAUCGUGUUUCUCUUGGCAGACGACUUGGGCUGGAACGACAUUGGUUAUCAUAACGACGAGGUGAAGACGCCGACUCUCGAUCGUCUGGCGGCGGAGGGGGUGAAGCUGGAGAAUUAUUACGCCCAGAGUUUUUGUUCUCCAAGUAGAGGCCAGUUACUGACGGGGAGAUAUGCGGCAACCACUGGACUAUCUAAUGUCAUCCUUGGUGGUAUACCGGAGGCCAUGCCACUGAGCGAGACUCUGAUAUCACAGAAACUGAAGGAAAGGGGCUACAGCAGCCACAUUGUGGGAAAAUGGCACGUGGGCUGUUACGAGAGGGCUUAUCUGCCAACAAACAGAGGCUUUGAUUCAUUUUACGGAAUCCAGUAUGGAAGAGGGGAUUUCUACACCCACGAAUUCUGUGGUGUCGUGUCGGGAGUGUGUGGCCUUGACAUCUGGAACAACACACGUCCUGAUCCUACCAAGAAUGGCACCUACUCUACCGACAUCUAUGUGGAGCGAGCCACGGAUAUCAUCAACAAACACGACCCCACCGAUCCAUUGUUUUUGUACAUGGCCUUCCAACUUCCCCACGAACCACUGCAGGUGCCCGCUAAAUUUGAGGCUCUCUAUGAUGACAUGCCCAAUGGCAAGAGGAAAACAUUUUUAGCAAUGGUGUCUGCUUUGGAUGCUGCAGUGGCAAAUAUCCACCAGGCACUAGAAGACAAUGGCAUGUUGGACAACACAGUGAUCGUUUUCUCUUCUGAUAAUGGCGGAUCCCCUCUUGUUGGUGGGAAUAACGGACCACUGAAAGGGAUCAAGGGUUCUUUGUGGGAAGGUGGGAUUAAAGUGCCGGCAUUCGUUUGGUCCAAACUGCUGAGGAGACCUCGCCGCAAGGUGACUCAGCUGGCCUCCAUAACGGAUUGGUAUCCGACAUUUCUUGGCUUAGCCGGCCUUGAUGCCUCUGAGCUGAAACUGGAUGGUUUUGACAUUUGGAAGCUGAUAAGCACGGGUGGGCAUGGCGGACAACAGAGAAAGGAACUCUUGCACGAGCUUAUCUGGCCCUCCACGUCAUCCCGAUUAGUUCCCCGAGGCUCCCCUCUUUAUAAUGGUACAUUUGACACCUCACAGAGGGCAGCACUGAGGUGGGGGAAGUGGAAACUGAUUACAGGACAAGCAGCCGCUAUUCGGGGUUAUGAAGACGGCGCUCCCCUGUUUUUCUCUAUACUUGGUCCCGACCCUACAAUAGAGGAUGUCCCCUUGGAUAAGAACGUGUGGCUUUAUGACAUGAAGAGAGACCCACUGGAGGAAUGUGAUCUGUCGGACACAAAGCCAAAGAUCGUAAAGCGCAUGCUGGAUCGUCUGGAAGAAAUCCGCCAGAUGUCCCCACCAACUAUUUUUGUAAGUGAAAGAGACCCGGCACUUAACCCGGCCCUCCACGGCGGUGUGUGGGCGCCUAGGGAUUAAAUGUUAUCAGUGUUUUACAUAACUUAAUGAUACGACUCAAUGAUUAUUUCAUUCUAUAAUCUGUUAUCUUUAGUGA